AUGACGACCAGACCACCUCCAGCCCCGACAGCUUCCGAUGACGGAUCAUACUAUGAUCUCGGCACUUAUCAUCGAGAGGUGAGCACCAGCAACAAGGAGGCACAGACAUGGUUUGACAGAGGCCUGAUAUGGUCCUACGCCUUCAACCAUGAGGAAUCCGCGGCUUGUUUUCAGCAAGCCAUCGACCUGGACCCAGACUUUCCCAUGGCUUACUGGGGCUUAGCCUAUGCUCUAGGGCCAAACUAUAACAAGCCCUGGGAAUUCUUCGAGGGACGCGAGAUGGAGACCACAGUCGAGAGGUCGUACCGAGCAGUGAAGCAUGCGCUCAAGAUCUCGGACAAGGCGACGCCCGUCGAGAGGGCCCUUAUCGAAGCUCUCAAGCACCGCUAUCCUCAAGAGCAUCAGAUCUCGGCAGACAGCAAGGAUCCAGCCCACAGUGCGAUUUGGAACAAAGCCUAUGCUGAGGCAAUGCGUGGCGUGUAUGCAGCUCAUUCUCACGACCUCGACGUGGCCGCGCUGUUCGUCGAUUCGCUCAUGAACCUCACGCCCUGGAAGCUCUGGGAUAUUCGGACCGGCGAGCCAGCGCCCGGUGCCUUCACUCUGGAAGCAAAAGAGGCCCUGGACAAGGCAAUUGAACAGCCUGGCGGCGACAGCCACCCAGGUCUGUUACACCUGUGGAUCCAUCUCAUGGAAAUGAGUAGCCAUCCCGAGGCUGCCUUGCCUCGCGCAAACAAACUCCGCUUGCUUGUGCCAGACGGAGGACACCUCAAUCACAUGCCCUCGCACCUCGAUGUUCUCUCCGGGCAUUAUGCAGACGCCGUCGACGCCAACUCAGCCGCCAUCCGUGCCGACGAGAAGUUCCUGGCACGAGCAGGACCAAUGAACUUUUACACCCUCUACCGCUCCCACGAUUACCACUUCCGAAUUUACGCCGCCAUGUUCUCUGCCCAGUCGAAAGUCGCACUGGAGACCGUGAAGCAGCUGGAAGCGUCACUGCCAGAGGGGCUCCUCCGUAUCGAUUCCCCACCAAUGGCUAACUGGCUGGAGGCAUUCGUGGCCGUCCGCGUUCACGUCUACGUUCGGUUCGGCCGAUGGGAGGACCUUGUGGCUCUCCCGUUGCCCGCAGACCCGAAACUGUACAGCUUCACAACCGCAGUGUACCUCUACGGCAAAGGUCUUGCUCUAGCCGCACUCGGUCGCGUGGACGAAGCCGAGCAGGAGCGCGAGAAAUUCGAAGCUCAACGGGCAACCGUCCCGAAAUCCCGCACGCUCUUCAACAACACCUGCGUCGAUAUCCUCUCCAUCGCUAGCGCCAUGCUCGCCGGCGAGAUAGAGUACCGGCGCGGCAACGUGGAGCCGGCCUUCGAGCACCUUCGCGAGGCCAUCCGGCGCGACGACGGGCUCGACUAUGACGAGCCGUGGGGCUGGAUGCAGCCGACGCGACACGCGCUCUCGGCGCUGCUGCUCGAGCAGGCCCGCCCCGAGGAGGCGGCCGCGAUUUACCGGGCCGACCUCGGACUUGACGACACGCUGCCGCGGACGUUCCAGCACAGGAAUAAUGUCUGGUCGCUGCAUGGGUACCACGAGAGCUUGCUGAAGCUUGGACGGGAGGACGAGGCACGCGAGAUUGAGCCGCAGCUUAAGGCUGCUCUGGAGGUUGCUGAUGUGCCGAUCAAGGCGUCUUGCUUCUGCCGGUUGAAGCUGUGA